AUGGCUGUAGGAUCAAACGAGAGAUGCCCAGAAAACACUGGAAUGCACGAUACUCUUAGAACCAAAUUUUUGGACAUGCACAACUAUCGCAGAUCACAACUGGCGAAAGGAUUGGUUGCCAAACGGAACGGAAAUUAUUUACCUCAGUCAUCCGACAUGCAAAUAAUGAGGUACAACUGCGCACUAGAAAAAGAGGCCAUUGAUUACGUGAAUACUUGCCCGUCAUCUAAAUCAGCUGAGUCCACUCGACCGGAUGUGGGAGAAAAUUUCAUCCGAGUUCCUCAAGAUGGUUUGGCAACGUAUUUGCUUGCCGUUCAAAAGGCGGUAACUUCAUGGUGGAAAGUGAUACGCACUGAAGAAGGACCUGGUUUACAAGUUUACUUCCGACAGAAGCACGUUGGCACUCCGAUUGAGUCUUUCACACAGAUGGGGUGGUCUACGUCACGCAAGCUUGGUUGCGCCAUCGCAAAAUGCGGUAGCGACUAUGUCGCAGUUUGCAGAUAUUCUCCCAGAGGUAAUUAUGUGGAGCAGGUCAUCUACAGAAAAGGAACACCCUGCACUGGUUGUGUACGUGGCUCAUGGUGUACGGAAGAUGCAUUGUGCAUUCUCGAUUGA